AAUACCAAAAUUUCAUUGACUACUCAAAAUUCCAUUACCUUCAAGUAAGUUAGCCACAUUCACAGUUUCCUUAUUUUGCAUUACCAGAAUGAAACAUAACGAAAUCAUAAUAAUAACCAAAGGUGGAAAAGCAAAACUGCACAUUAGAGAGUAAUAAACAGUUCAGUGUUUCAAUCUCAAGAUGAUAUCAAUGUUUUGAGGCAUUUCAGGACAUUCAAUUUGUCAUUCUGCCCACCAUUGCAUAAGGAGUGAAUCUUUCAAACUGCAAUCAACUCCUUUUCUCCACACAAUAAGACUGCUUAAUGCCUCCCAAACUGGAGAGAGUAAAGUGAGUAAAGCGGAUCUACCUUCUACGGCAAGGGAAAAACCCCAAUCUAGAAACUGCAACAGUAAAUUAAAUAGCUUAAUCCGAUACUAAUAUACUACCCAACAGCCACAUCCUUGAAUUAGGGUAUAAAUUCAGUAUUCAUAGCCAAAAGACGGAGAAAGUGUUACGAUCCCAAGUAUUUCACUCCCCUUCUUUAACAAUUAUCAUGUCAGCUUAGUUUUUUUGACUAGCAGGAUAAAAACGCCCUUAUUUUUGAAUAGAAUGCAUGAGACUUUAAGAGUACUCCUUUCACCCUGUCCUGUAUAUAAAGUUUAAACAUACAUUAGCAACUCAGACUUUUAUUUUGUGUGACAGGUGGUGCCUAAUGGUGAUGGCCAAGCGAGUUAGGGAAGGGGGAGGUCGUGUGCUUCGAUGGUGUCUGCCACAUAGUUUUCUCAGUGCCAUGCCUAGAAAAGCCAUAAUCAAACAUGUCAGCUUAGUUUUUUUGUUCAUGAUGUGGCACAAUCCAAUUCAGCAGUCCUCAUAAUGACAUAACAAAUUAACAAUGAUUACAAUGUUAAUCAUGUUUAAAUUGUUAUUUGGAUCAUAUCAGUUUGGUAUUGAGGAUGAGAGUAAUGAAAUAGAAGAUGAACCCCUUUCAUGAUGCUGGACCUGUAAAACAUGCAGCACAAGGCAGAUUAGAGGAUCAAUUGGUGCAUAGCUUGAUUUAAACAGUGGAGGAAUCAAAAUAGAAGUUUCUGAUUUUUUUUUUUUGGAAAUAUGCAUGCGGAUUACUUAAAUUGGGAAGCUAGUUUGGAGACUUAUUUUGAGGGAAGCUGUUUGUGAGGCUUAAAUUGAAGGGUAUUGCACUUCAAUGAUGGAAAAGAGUUGAAGAGCAAUGUGCUAGCAAGGCAAGCCAAAAAUCAACACAUGGGAGCAUAUGAAAGUGAAGUUGCAGAAGCAAUUUUUGUCGGCUGAUUAUGCAAUGGAAUCAUAUGAAAGAUCCACUCAUUAAAACAAAGGGGGAUGUCUGUGGAGGAAUACACUUCAGAGUUCAACAGCCUCGCUAUUUGAGUUGGUUUAAAUGAGACAAACGAGUAGAUGACAUCUUGUUACUUGCUGGCUUGAACCAAUCCAUUAAAGAUUAAUUGGGAGUGGUUCGUUUAUUUAAUCUUGAAGAUCCUCGACAAUAUGACAUAAUGGCAAAAAAGCAAGUGUUGCAAUACAGUGCAAGGAAACCUUUGACUGAUAGAGUUGAGAGUGCAACACAAAAGGGUUCAACAAUUGUUCAGUGUUUGUAAUGGCCAGACAGCUCAAAAGAUUGGUCAAGAUACUACUAUAAUGGACUGGACAGUGGAUAGAAAUACUGCCAAUAGAGACGGAAGUGAAAAGGGAAAGAAUAUAAAUAGAGCACAAAGCAAUUCUGGUCCAGCCUCUUCCAAUGCUGGUUCUGGAUCACAAGUGCAGUGUUUUGGGAGUGGAGAGAGGGGACACACUUCAUAUGCUUGUCCACAACGGUUGAUGAACCUUAUAGGAAGAGGAAGAAGUCCUACCGGAACCAACUUAUGAUGACUACAAUGACGAGGAAGAGCAUGUUGAUGGAGUGAUGACAACACAAAGAGUGGAGGAGGAAGAUUGUCUUCCAAACAUGAGUUCUUUGUGGUAGGAAGUGUGUGAUGUUCUUGAUGGGAGUAGCCAAGAGAACAUUAAGCAGCUGAAAAGUUGAAAUUGCCUAUUGAAAAGCAUCUUUAUCCCUACAAAAUUGCUGGUUUUGAAAAGGUAACAGCGUGCUGGUCACAUCUCAUUGUUUAGUCAAUUUUUCCAUGUGUGACAAUGUUGAUAGUGAGGCUGUGUAAUAUUGUGCCUAUGGAUGCAUGUCACACACUCUAUUGGGUAGACCAUGGUUAUAUGACAAUGACAUGAUCCACCACACCAAAGCCAACACUUAUUCCAAAGGAAAAACAAACACUAUACAUUGCAUCCUCUUAGGGAAGAAGACAGUAGUUCCUCUAAACACAAUAAGGUAAUAGCUUCUUAACUGCUGCAAAGUUUGAGGCUAAUGAGAGGUUAUUUGUACCAGAAUAUAUGCCCAAUGAUACAAUAGCAAAGCACUUAUUUCAUUGGGAAACACAACCAAUGAAAUGGGCAAUGCGAUUAAGGGUUGCUUUGCAUCUUGCACAAGCUCUAGAAUAUUGUACUAGCAAAGAAUGUGCUCUUUAUCAUGAUCUGAAUGCUUAUAGAAUUGUCUCAAUGAUGAUGACAACCUGAGAUUUUCAUGCUUUGGUUUGAUGAAAAACAGUGCAAUGGGAAAAGUUACGGUACAAACCUGGCAUUUACUCCUCCUGAGUAUUUAAGGAUACAAGUUAAAUCUUAAAAUGUAAUAUAUAGUUUUGGAACUCUUGCUUGAUCUUCUCAGCAGAAAAUGUCUCCAAAUCAUGCACUUGACCUAAUACGGGACAAGAAUCCUCAUACACUUACCGAUUCUUGUUUGGGAGGCCAAUUCUCAAAUGAUGAGAGGACUGAAUUAGUACAUUUAGCUUCAAUAUGUUUAAAGUAUGAGCCCCGAGGGCGUCCAAAUCCAAAGUCUUUAGUUGCUGCUUUGAUUUCUCUUCAGAAGGACAUCUAGGUCCCAUGACUCCCAUCUCAUUUAUUGAUGGGUAUUCCGCAUGGUGCUGUAGCUAAGAAUGGAUUUGACUGCUAUACACAUCUUAGAAAGGCUUGGGUAUAAGAAUGAAGAUCUCAGAGCUGCAACUGAAUGCUACAGCCAAUUCAUUGAUGUUGGAACCAUGGUUUACCCGACAGUUUUUAUAUGCCAUGUUCUCUGUUAUCUCAUGAGCGAUAUGCCACAGGAAGCUCGACUUAGUGAUGAUGGAGAGGCCUUUGCUGACCAAAUCCAGAGAGUUCAUGAGAAAGCAAGGAUUGCUCUCAAGGUUAGUAAUGAUGCCUAUGCCACAACAACUAACCAACAUCGAUUGGUUAAGGAGUUUGAAGAAGGUGACAUGGUAUUAGUGUAUUUGUGGCGUGAAAGGUUUCCUAAAGGAACUUAUCACAACUUCAAGUCAAGGAAGUGUGGGCCAUGUAAAAUGUUGAAGAAGAAAAGCUCAAAUGCUUAUUUGCUUGAAUUACCACCAGAUUUGCAAAUUAGCCCAAUCUUUAAUGUUUCUGAUUUAUACUCAUUUGACAGGCUUGAUGGAGAAAUGCAAGUUGUUGAAGAAUAAGUUGAACUACCAAAAGUGCAACAAGACGUUAUUGAAGAUGUACUUGAUGUCAAAGAAGUUAUAUAAAGGAAAGGUAAUCAGUACAGGCGGUAAUUGGUGAAGUAAUUGGGAAAGUCAACUAGUGAAAGUAAAUGGAUUGCUAAAGAAGAUUUGAAGAAAAUUGAUUCUGAUUUGUAUAUUGAAACAUAUGAGGUUUUCUCAUUCAAAGCUGAGUUUUUUCCAACCCGAAGGGAUUGAACCAGGGGCAUCUAAGCAUAAAGCAAAGAAAGCCCCCUAGUUUAUUUUAUCCAGUCUAUUACCUAUUUCAAUACCAAUCUUUUAUUAUUAUGGUAUGAUUUCUAUUAUUAUGUUUUUAGUGUUUUAAAAAGGUCAUGUGACUUUUAAUGAAGUUGGAUGGUUAAGAUUUAUUUGUUCUAUGACAGAUGAAGGGUUAGGAUUUUAGGGGUUAAUAAAGGCUAUUAUAAAUAGCCUUAUUUGAGUCAUUGUAGACUGCCUUUUCUUCUCUAACAUAUAAAUAGCCUUAUUUGAGUCAUUGAGUCAUUGUAGACAGCCUUUUCUUUGAAGCCUAGAAAUUGAUCUUUUAUUGUUCCAACUUCAAUCUUAUCUUCUUGAAUAUUGCUGGAAUUUUUUCUUUAACUCUUUCUAAGCGUCAAUUUGCUUGAAAAGUGGCAUCUUUGGCUGGUUCAUAUCAAAUCUACUCUAGAUCUAAGUACCUAUGAAUGACACAAGAAAGAAAACUAAUGAAAUCAUUGGAAUAAAAGCUUAAACCAAGCUCGAAAUCAUGCAGCGAAGUCAAGACAUGAUUUUUUUUAACAAAGGAUCCUUGGGUAGCAUCCCAAGCUUGAUCUUACAAUUGGACAAGCAAUGCACCCAAUAGAGAAUAUAACCCACAACUAA